GUUCAUUUAGUUUUUCUCUUGUACUAAAAUUUCAUUAUCUUUUCCAAAGAACAAAAAAAGAAAAAAAAAAGCUGGGAAUCAUGAGUGCGAUUUUCAAGGGGAGAUUGAAGCAGAAGAGAAAAGAGAAGUUGGGAAUCAUGAGUACACUUUUGAGGGAGAGACUGGAAGUCUGCUUCGAGAUCAAGAACAAACGCCGGAGGGGUUUCAACAAGUAUGUAAAGGAGUUCCAUAAAAGAAAAGAGAAGUUACACCGGCAGAAGGUUCACAGAAUUCAGCGUGAGAAGAUCAAACUGUUAAAGAACAACGACGUGGAGGGGUCCCUACUCAUGGUUCAGGAUGCAAAAUCAGAUCGUGUUAAGCAGCUCCUCAAGGAGACUGAAAAAUAUCUUCAGCAGCUGGGCACCAAAGUGCUGGAAACAAAGGCUAUGGCGAGGCAUUUUGAGAUGGAAACGAAUGAAAAUCGAGCAGUUGAGAAAAAUGAAAUGAUCAUCAAUAAUGAAAAUGAAAGCGAUCAGGCAUGGCAUUACCUUUCAAACAAUGAGAACUACUAUCAAAUAGCUCAUAGUGUGAAAGAGAGCGUAGAUGAGCAGCCAUCCUAUCUUCAGGGUGGAAAAUUGAGAGAGCAUGAAAUGAAUGGUCUGCGAUGGUUGGUUUCAUUAUACAACAAUCACUUGAAUGGCAUUCUUGCUGAUGAAAUGGGUCUUGGUAAAACUGUCCAGGUUAUUUCUCUAAUUUGUUACCUGAUGGAAUCAAAAAAUGAUAGAGGACCGUUUCUGGUAGCCGUGCCAUUGUCUGUUCUACCAGGAUGGGAGUCUGAAAUUGCCCUCUGGGCCCCUGGCAUAAACAAAAUCACAUAUGCUGGCUCUCCUGAAGAGAGGUGUAGGUUAUUCAGGGAAAGGAUCUGUCAUCAGAAAUUCAAUCUCCUUUUGACAACAUAUGAAUACUUAAUGAACAGACGUGAUAGACUAAGACUCAGAAAAAUCCAUUGGCACUAUAUAAUAAUUGAUGAAGGCCAUCGCAUAAAGAAUCCAUCUUGCAAGUUGAAUGCGGAACUGAAGCAUUAUCAGAGUUCUCAUCGCUUGCUGUUGACUGGAACACCUCUACAGAACAAUCUUGAGGAGCUAUGGGCGUUACUGAACUUCUUAUUACCAAACAUUUUCAAUUCAUCAGAGGAUUUCUCACAAUGGUUCAACAAACCUUUUGAGAGAAGUGGCAAUAGUUCACCUGAUGCAGCUUUGCUAUCCGAGGAGGAGAAUCUUUUGAUUAUAAAUCAUCUUCACCAAGUCCUUCGACCCUUUGUUCUUCGGAGGCUGAAACACAAGGUUGCAAUUGAAUUACCUGGGAAGAUUGAGAGACUGGUAAGAUGUGACACUUCUGCUUAUCAAAAGCUUUUGAUGAAGAGGGUGGAAGAUAAUCUUGGUUCCAUCGGAGCUCCAAAGGUCCGCCGGGUUUACAAUUCUGUGAUGGAGUUACGCAAUAUAUGCAAUCAUCCAUAUCUAAGCCAAGUGCAUGCAGAGGAGGUUGAUAGUUUAAUACCUAAACAUUAUCUGCCACCAAUUGUGAGACUUUGUGGAAAGCUAGAGAUGUUAGAUCGGUUACUACCGAAGCUAAAGGCAACCAAUCAUCGGGUGCUUCUCUUCUCCACAAUGACUAGACUGCUCGAUAUUAUGGAGGAAUAUCUUACCUGGAAAUGUUACAAGUACCUUCGUUUGGAUGGAAAUACUCCAGGAAAUGAACGUGGUGCCCUUAUCGAAGAAUUCAAUCGGCCAGAUUCUCCUACUUUUAUUUUUCUGAUCAGUAUUCGGGCUGGCGGUGUUGGAGUGAAUCUACAAUCUGCUGAUACAGUCAUCAUAUUUGACCCCGAUUGGAAUCCACAGGUGGAUCUGCAAGCGCAAGCGAGGGUUCACAGGAUUGGUCAAAAGAAGGAUGUGCUUGUUCUUCGAUUAGAAACGGUGUGCUCUGUGGAGGAACAAAUUAGGGCUUCAUCUGAGCAAAAACUGGGACUUGCUAACCAGAGCAUUACUGCUGGCUUUUUCGACAACAAUACUAGUCCGGAAGAUCGAAGGGAAUAUUUGGAGUCUCUCCUUAGGGAGUGUAAGAAAGAAGAAGCUGCCCAUGUUUUAGAUGAUGAUGCUCUGAAUGAACUCAUAGCCCGCAGCGGUUCGGAGAUUGACAUUUUUGAAUCGAUUGACAAACAAAGGCAUGCAGAAGAGAUGGAAGUGUGGCAAAAGCUACUUGUGCGAAGCAACAAUUGCUCAGAGCCACUACAGCCUGUGCCUCCUCGUCUUGUGACAGACGACGACUUGAAGGCAUUCUAUCAAGCUAUGCAGAUAGAUGAAGCAUCCAAUGCCAUGGUAAAACGGAAAAGCAACUCCUUUGGGGGGAUUGAUACCCAACGAUAUGGAUGGGGUAAACGAGCUAGAGAGGUACACUCAUAUGGAUAUCAAUUGACAAAAGAAGAAUUUAAAAAGCUUUGUAGAGUUGAUUCUCCUGAAUCCCCCAAAGCGAAGGAUGAUACUAGGGAUUCAUGUAUGGGUAAAGAGGCUGAUGGGUCAAACGUGGGAGAUACAGAAGUGCAACAGCUGCCAUCAACAGAUUAUCCACCAUCCAAAGAGUUGCUGCCAGUUGCAUGUGCAGAGCCUUUGCCUCUAUCCAUAUGGCUGCCACUACCAUCAUCGAUAGAGUCAUCAUCGCAAUUGAAAGAGCUGACACAAUCUGUCAGGGAGCCACAACAGCCAUCCAAAGAGCCAGAACUGCCAUCCAAGGAACCACCACAGCCGACCGAGGUACCGCCCUCAUCAAAAGAACCACCACAGCCAUCUAUGGAGGCACCAUCCCCAUCCAAAAGGUCAUUACCAUGCUUAUCCAAAGGGCCAUCACCACCAUCCAAAGAUGUGCAGCUUGCAUGCAAUGACGCAACUCCAGUGAAAUGGUGGCAGGCCAUGCCAAAAAGAGCAACAAGGGAUGUCUCUCCACCCCCUAUGAUUGUUCCGGUGCCAUCAAAAGAACCACCACAGCCAUCUUUGGAGGCACCACUCCCAUCCAAAAGGUCAUUACCAUGCUUAUCCAAAGGGCCAUCACCACCAUCCAAAGAUGUGCAGCUUGCAUGCAAUGACGCAACUCCACCAGUGAAAUGGUGGCAGGCCAUGCCAAAAAGAGCAACGAAGGAUGUCUCUCCACCCCCUAUGAUUGUUCCGGUGCUAUCAAAAGAACCAGCACAGCCAUCUUUGGUGGCACCACUCCCAUCCAAAAGGUCAUUACCAUGCUUAUUCAAAGGGCCAUCACCACCAUCCAAAGAUGUGCAACUUGUAUGCAAUGAAGCAACUCCACCAGUGAAAUGGUGGCAGGUCAUGCCAAAAAGAGCAGCGAAGGAUGUCUCUCCACCCCCUAUGAUUGUUCCGGUGCCAUUUGAAAGUGUUGGCACAUCAGCAAUGGAACCUCAAAUACAAGAAUUUCCUGUUUAUAGUAUGGUCCCUAUCCCAGAUGCUUCCCUUUACUUACAAGGAUUGAGUGGAAACCCACAACAUCAGUUAGCGGUAGCAACUGCCCCCGGUUCACUAGCAACUCCAGUUCCUGCCAUGCCCUCACAAGUCAUAGACCAAAGCCAAAAGACUCAAACUGCACAAGGAAAACCUCGACGACGGGCAAUGAAACGGAAACCCAAUGCAGCUGCUGUUGGUCCUGAAGCUAAUUCCAUUCCAAGUCUUCCAGUUUUGGGUUUUGCCCAAGACAGGGGAACAUUGCUUGGGUCAUCAGGAAUACAUGUGCAUGCAUUUACUCAGAAUGAAGCCAACCCACAACAUCAGUUAGCGGUAGCAACUGCCCCCAGUUCACUAGCAAAUCUGGUUCCUGCCAUGCCCUCACAAGUCAUAGAACAAAGCCAAAAGACUCAAACUGCACAAGGAAAACCUCGACGACGGGCAACGAAACAGAAACCCAAUGCAGCUGCUGUUGGUCCUGAAGCUAAUUCCAUUCCAAGUCUUCCAGUUUUGAGUUUUGCCCAAGACAGGGGAACAUUGCUUGGGUCAUCAGGAAUACAUGUGCAUGCGUUUACUCAGAAUGAAGCCGACCCACAACAUCAGUUAGCGGUAGCAACUGCCCCCGGUUCACUAGCAACUCUGGUUCCUGCCAUGCCCUCACAAGUCAUAGAGCAAUGCCAAAAGACUCAAACUGCACAAGGAAAACCUCGACAACGGGCAACAAAACGGAAACCCAAUGCAGCUGCUGUUGGUCCUGAAGCUAAUUCCAUUCCAAGUCUUCCAGUUUUGAGUUUUGCCCAAGACAGGGGAACAUUGCUUGGGUCAUCCGGAAUACAUGUGCAUGCGUUUAGUCAGAAUGAAGCCAACCCACAACAUCAGUUAGCGGUAGCAACUGCCCCUGGUUCACUAGCAACUCUGGUUCCUGCCAUGCCCUCACAAGUCAUAGAACAAAGCCAAAAGACUCAAACUGCACAAGGAAAACCUCGACGACGGGCAACGAAACAGAAACCCAAUGCAGCUGCUGUUGGUCCUGAAGCUAAUUCCAUUCCAAGUCUUCCAGUUUUGGGUUUUGCCCAAGACAGGGGAACAUUGCCUGGGUCAUCAGGAAUACAUGUGCAUGCGUUUACUCAUAAUGAAGCCAACCCACAACAUCAGUUAACCAUAGCAACUGCCCCCGGUUCACUAGCAACUCUGGUUCCUGCCAUGCCCUCACAAGUCAUAGAACAAAGCCAAAAGACUCAAACUGCACAAGGAAAACCUCGACGACGGGCAACGAAACGGAAACCCAAUGCAGCUGCUGUUGGUCCUGAAGCUAAUUCCUUUCCAAGUCUUCCAGUUUUGGGUUUUGCCCAAGACGGGGGAACAUUGCUUGGGUCAUCAGGAAUACAUGUGCAUGCGUUUACUCAGAAUGAAGCCAACCCACAACAUCAGUUAGUGGUAGCAACUGCCCCCGGUUCACUAGCAACUCUGGUUCCUGCCAUGACCUCACAAGUCAUAGAACAAAGCCACAAGACUCAAACUGCACAAGGAAAACCUCGACGACGGGCAACGAAACGGAAACCCAAUGCAGCUGCUGUUGGUCCUGAAGCUAAUUCCUUUCCAAGUCUUCCAGUUUUGGGUUUUGCCCAAGACAGGGGAACAUCGCUUGGGUCAUCAGGAAUACAUGUGCAUGCGUUUACUCAGAAUGAAGCCAAUCCAAUUUCCAGUCUCCAAAAGGCUGUUGAUUUAGUUCCAGGCCAAGCUCAGAAUCUGUCCGUUGCGCAAGAGAAAUAUGGGAGUACAUCACCUUUGCUGGAAAAAAGGGAACAUGAAACAGGAGGUCGAGGUUCUGUUACUACAACUGCUUCUUCUGAGAUCACAGCUGCACCAAGCACCAAUCCUACAUACAUGAUAGAUUUGAAGAAUGAGAAUACUGCAAAUAUUGGUUCGAUGCAAGCUGGGAAUGAGCACUGGGUCAGCCAAUCUCCCACUGUUACUGCUCCAUUGGCACAAGAUUUGAUGGAGAGGACCCUUCGAGUGGGCCCUGCCGACAUGACACCCGACCAGAAGCAGAAACCAGCUGAAAAGCCCGAGUACUCUUCCAUCCAAAGCACUCGGAAAGCAGUUGGCUUUGAUGCCUCGAUGUCUGAUACGGCUACACAAAUGGAACUUCACAGGGUCAAACCUGUUGAAGUUGCCACUCCCCAAGACAAUCCGCAUCUCAGCCAUGCACUAGAUAAGAGCUCCAUCGAUGUAAAGAGAGUAGUAUCGGUUGCAGCUCUGGUGCCUGAAAUGAAGUCAUCUGCAGGAAAAGGCAAGAGCAAUGUACCUGCCGUUGCAAGACGAGUGUCCAAAAGGAAAGCUUCAGUUUCAAAUAAUUCAGGACCUGCUUUCAAAACGGGUCAGGGCUGACAGGCAAAAACUACCAGGCCAGCAGCAGGCAUGGGUCAUGUUUUCAUGGUGGGCUUGAAGGAGCAAGAAAGGAACAAUGGUAAUCAACCACCUAACUGCUACGCCUGACUUGGGAGAGAAAAGGCCUGAAAUUCUGCACCCUGAUGUAAUAUCUGGCCAGGAGCCAGAUGCAACUGAGAAGUCUGUACAGUUGAUCCAAAGCAAUAGAGAACCAGAUGUGUCAACAACAGGAGAGAAUGCUGCCAGUUUAGUGGGCAAAAGCUAUCCAUCUGUUGAAAAUGCUACACUUGGGCAGCAAAAGUCUCUCUCUGAAACACCAGUCGCAGUCCCUUCCAUCAAUGGUGGAUCUAUCAUGUGAUCUGAUGUCUUUACAUGCUUGUUAUACCUCUGUACAGUUUCUCUCUGUACAUGUUUGUAGGUAUGGCAUGUGCAAUGCCUGUGAAGAGAUGGAUGGGGUAUGGUUGAUGUUUAUACCCUUUGACUCUACGUGAUGUAUCUCAGCCUAAUACCAGUAACAAAACACAUGGGGUUGGGCUUUGCAUGUAGUCUGAUCAAUUAUCUGGGUGUGCUGGUCUCAAGUCAUUUUAGCCUGUGCUGCCGAGCCCGACCAGACUUUAUAGUUGUGUUAAAUCCUACAACUAUGCUAUUCCAAUCCUUGGUUAGGCAAUCCAUCCAUCUUGAAUGUA